CCAUUCCUAAAGAUAAAUAUAAGAUGUUGUACAUUUGUCCUAAGUCAAACUUUUAAAAGUUUGACCAAAUUUAUAGAAAAUCUGCCAACAUCUAUAACUUUAAAUUAGGACAAACUAGAGUCUUGUAUUUAGGAAUAGAGGGAGUAAUAAUCUAGCAGCAAGGUUUACAUUACGACAGGAAGUAAACAGGUCCUGUAAGCAAGUCCAUCUCUAUCAGACAGUUCUUUUUCUACACGAUUGUUGAGCUGUUGUUUGUUGACCGUUGAACAAUUCAACACGCACAUCUUUGAAACUUCUGGGAAAAUUCCCACGCACAGGCCUUGUCCCUGUCUUGUAUCUCUCUCUCUAAGCACCGUGUAUCAGUUCUUCUCCUGCUCUCGCGCUGUGUCAGCUGCCACAAGAGCUCCAGGUUAACCAAUGCAAGCAAAUCAUACACACAAAUGGCAGCAGUGAGCACCUCUUGGGCACUCCACCUCCUGCCUCUCCUCCUGCUCAUCGCCACCGGCAAGGCCACCACCGUGAACAUCACCAACCGGUGCUCCUUCACGGUGUGGCCAGCCGCUGUGCCGAUAGGCGGCGGCAUUCAGCUCGACCCAGGGAAGUCCUGGAUACUGCAAGUACCCAACGAUGGCACAGGUUCCUCGCAGCGCAUUUGGCCACGCACAAGCUGCUUUUUCGAUAGCAAAGGCAACGGGUCAUGCCAGACGGGGGACUGCGAUGGCUUGCUCUCCUGCAAGGGCAAUGGUCAGCCGCCUACCACGCUCGCUGAGUAUACGAUCGGAAGCUUCAAUAGUGCAGAUUUCUUCGACAUUUCUCUCGUCAACGGCUUCAAUGUGCUCAUGGGCUUCCUGCCAGUGCCAACCAAGGGAGCGUCAGGAUGCAGCAAGGGGCCACGCUGCGCAGCCAACAUCACUUCGCAGUGCCCAAGCCAGCUUCAGGCUCCGGGAGGCUGCAACAACGCCUGCACGGUGUUCAAGCAGGACAAAUACUGCUGCACCAAUGCGAGCAAUUGUGAACCCACAACAUACUCGCUGGUAUUCGUGCGGAUGUGCCCAGAUGCGUAUAGCUACUCCAUGGAUAGCUCAAGCAGUACAUUCACUUGCCCGACAGGUACCAACUACCAGGUCGUCUUCUGUCCCCCGAUCGAUCUUACGUCCUCUCCACCAAAUCCUCCUGCACCCAUUGUCACGACAAAAAGCAAGAGAUCCCCAUCCAAUGGCAUCAUUAUUUUAAUGAUAGGCUCCGGAGUUGGUUUCAUUUUCCUUGUAGCUUUCAUCAUUUUCAUCGUGCGUAGACAAAUAACACGACGGCACCAGAAGAUGGAGGAAGAAGUGGAAGAUUUUGGAAACCUACAAGGAACACCAAUGAGGUUCACGUUUCAACAGUUAGAAGUAGCAACCGAGAAAUUCAGAGACAAGCUCGGGGAAGGAGGAUUUGGGUCUGUUUUCAAGGGACAGCUUGGUGACGAAACAAUUGCAGUGAAACGUUUGGAUCGAGCCGGUCAGGGAAAACGAGAAUUUCUGGCAGAGGUCCAGACAAUCGGCAGCAUCCACCAUAUCAAUCUAGUGAGGCUGAUAGGUUUCUGUGCAGAGAAAUCUCAUAGGCUCUUGGUUUAUGAGUAUAUGCCCAAAGGAUCUUUGGACAACUGGAUCUAUUAUCGACACGACAACAGUGCUCCUCCUCUGGAAUGGAGGAUGCGAUGCAAGAUUAUUGCUAACAUAGCUAAGGGCCUCUCUUAUCUUCAUGAGGAGUGCAUGAAGAGAAUUGCUCAUUUGGAUGUCAAACCACAAAAUAUCCUCUUAGAUGAAAACUUCAAUGCUAAGCUUUCUGAUUUUGGACUCUGCAAACUAAUUGAUAGGGAUACGAGUCAAGUAGUUACUAGAAUGAGAGGCACACCUGGCUAUUUAGCUCCUGAAUGGUUGACAUCACAGAUCACGGAAAAGGCCGAUGUCUAUAGCUUUGGUGUUGUGGUCAUGGAAAUCAUCAGUGGAAGAAAGAACCUCGAUACUUCCCGAUCUGAAGAGAGUCUGCAUCUUAUUUCCAAGUUGGAAGAAAAGGUGAAGAGUAAUCACUUGGAAGAUUUGAUUGACAAGAACAGUAAUGACAUGCAAGAACAUGAGCAUGAAGUAAUUGAGAUGAUAAAGCUCGCAAUGUGGUGUCUGCAGAUUGAUUGCAAAAGAAGGCCUCAAAUGUCUUAGGUCGUCAAAGUCUUGGAAGGUACCAAGAAUGCAGAGACCAACAUAGAGCACAGCUUUGUUGCUACAAAUCAAGUGAAUUUUGGUAUUGCUGGAAAUAUGACCUCCUCAGCUCCACCUCUAGCCUCAGAUGUGUCAGGUCCAAGGUGAACUGAGAGAAUCCUGACAGGAUAGAAUUAGAUUUGUUCAGGAGAGUGUCUUAUGUAAUACAAAGGCCAUGGUUGUUGUAUUUUCUCAAAUUACUACAAUCUAAAGCCCUUCAUGUUGAGUUUUUUUUUUGGUGUGUAGAAUAUCUCAACGUGUCCUUUGAUCUAAACAGAUGAAGAGCUCUUUAGGAACAUUACAGUUGUUUUGUAUUUUCAUAAGAAGAAAAAGACAAGUUAUGCAAGCA